AUGGAAGCGCUUCAAGACAGGCUUGAAAGCGCCGCCCAAGUGCCAGCCCGGCCUCCGUACCCACUGUCAAGUCUCAUACAGGAGAUCCGGCUGCAGAAGGGGAGACCAGUGCUUGUAGUGGAGAUAGCGCAGCCCUCCCCCUCUUCCACCCCGGAGGAUGUCGGCCGCCUGGCUAAGCAACUGCAAGGCAACGGCAUGGCUUCAACAAGGGGUGUGCAGUAUGCAGGCUGGGGCGCAGACGCACUAGCAGUCCUGACAGACUUGGAGGCAACGUCCAGCGGCUAUGCAGACCUUGUGGCAGCCUGCAGAGCUGCGAAAGUGCCUGUGUUGCAGCGCGACUGGGUUUUGCACCCCCUGCAGAUAGUGGAUGCAAAGGAGGCUGGAGCAGGUGGCGUGCUGGGCACAAUUGCUAGCGUGAGCGUGCGAGCGACACCGGUGCUGUCGUCCUUUGCUGCAGCCGUGGGACUUGAUGCUCCAGUGGAGGUUGUCAAUAAGAUGGAAGUGGAAGCUAUGGCGAGCGUGGGGGUGCCAUUCUUUGGCAUCAACUUAGCCGUGGGGCUCUCCCUUGCGCUUCCAGGCUUCAAGAGCGACAUCACCAAAGGCCUUCUUGGUGCCCUUCCACAGGGAGCUUCCUCUUUGGUUGGUGUGACCAGCAUAGAAGAGGCAGUGAAGGCGCAUGCAGCAGGAGCAGACUCGCUGCUCAUAAAACGGGAGAUGCUGGCCGAUGCUGAGAAGGAAGGCAAGGUGGAGGAACUGCUGGAGCGAUUGAAGAGAACGCUCAUGGUUAGCGUGCUGGCGCAAGACGCCAAACCAUACAACGGUAUGAACGGCGAGCGGAAGCAGCCAUGGGCCCUGGAAUUGCACGACAAAGUCAACAUAGCUGCUCUUCCAGUUCUGGGGGGGCUGUGUGCAUUGUCACUUCUGGGGUACUAUGAAGGAGCCAAGGUCACCAAUGUCUUCCUCUUGUACAUCAUUGCAGACUUCUUGUGGAUCUAUUUCCAGCCAGAGACUUUGCCAUCGCUACAUCAAGUCAUCCUGGGGCAUCAUGUUGUCACGCUCCUGCUUCUUCUCUUCCCAUACAGAUAUCCGGCCUUUGCUCGCUUCACCUGCUGGGACGGCAUCACUGAGAUCAACACCUUCUUCUUGAUAGCACGGCGACAAUUCCCAGCUCUGUACAAGCCCUUGCACUAUGCCUACUGGAUAUCAUUCAUACCGAUGCGGCUCAUACUGUACCCAUACAUGCUUGUGAGGUUCUGGGUGGUUCUGGACGAGUUCCCCUUGUAUGAGCGCCUGCCGGUGGUGCUGUGCCAAUUCCUGCUCUGCUGUUUCAACUACGGCAUGUUCUGGUUGAGCAUCAGGAGGCGGCUGGUGAAGAGGAGCAAGAAGCAGGUCAGCACAGCGCAGGUGCCGGCUGUGAACCGGUGUACAGACAGGCGCAAUGUGAGGGGCGAGCUGCAGGAAAAGAGCUCCAAGGAGAAUGGAGUGAAGGACAUCAGGGCAGAGGCGGCCAGCCAGGAGAUUUUGAAAAGCAGGUGAAGGUGCAGGACCUUGCAGCUCUGCAGUAUUCAUGGCGGUUUUGGAGUUCUGAAGCAGCAGCAGUGGCUGAACGGAUGCUGGAUUUUUCGUCGAGGACAAGAUCGCAAUGGUUCCCCUAC